AUGCAUCCAUUCGGCAAGCUACUGAGUACUGCUGGACAGCACAGCCAAGUGCACACAGGGAAGCUCAAGUCUGGGGCAAAACGCGGAGAGCUUUCAAAGCUAAACCCGAUUGACACAAAGCUCCCCCAACUCCGCUUCAAGCCUCCGCUCGUCCUCCCGCCUUUCUACUUGUGGUCGCGUGCUCGUCUUGCUCUUGCUACCUCCGUUUUGCCUGCCCCCAAAGGUCCCAACAACUUUCUGCCGCCCGAUCAAUUCCGAUUCAAAAUAUGCGGUGAACUGCCAACAAACCGAAACCGCCGGGUCGUCGCCGUCGCAGCUUCAGCCGCCGCUGUUGGCAUGGUCAUCAAGCUUCGCGCCGAUGCUCUGAAGAAGAACGAGAUGGCACAGAAGAACUCGGCAGUUCCCAAUUUCUACGUCAGCGUUGAGCGGAGCGGUGGCGGCAUCUGA